AAUAGCACAAAUUGUGUUGUGGAAAACCAGAAGGCCACUCGAAACGGAGAGGUGAAAUCGAUCAUAUCGGAGGUUUUGCAGCGAGGCGAAGCAGGAGACUGAAGCUAGGCAUGAUCUCGCAGUUCUUCGUCCUGUCGCAGAGAGGCGACAACAUUGUCUUCCGCGAUUACCGUGGUGAUGUACAAAAAGGAAGUGCAGAGAUAUUUUUCCGCAAAGUGAAGUUCUGGAAGGAGGAUGGGGGAGAGGAGGCUCCACCUGUCUUUAAUGUGGAUGGUGUGAACUACUUCCAUGUGAAGGUUGUUGGAUUGCUGUUUGUUGCAACCACAAGAGCCAAUGUAUCCCCGUCGUUUCUGUUGGAACUUCUACAGAGGAUUGCUCGUGUCAUCAAAGAUUACCUUGGUGUCCUCAAUGAAGAUUCACUACGGAAAAAUUUUGUACUUGUGUAUGAGUUACUUGAUGAAGUUAUUGAUUUUGGUUAUGUGCUAACGACAUCCACAGAAGUUUUGAAGUCCUAUGUAUUUAAUGAGCCAAUUGUGGUUGAAGCUGCACGCUUGCCAACCCUUGGCCCUGCUGGCAUCUUUAUGCAAGGGAACAAAAGAAUGCCAGGAACAGCUGUCACGAAAUCUGUCGUAGCAAACGAGCCUGGGGGUCGGAAGAGGGAGGAAAUUUUUGUAGAUAUAAUUGAGAAAAUAAGCAUUACGUUCAGCUCUAGUGGAUAUAUACUGACUUCUGAGAUUGAUGGCACCAUUCAAAUGAAGAGUUAUCUCACUGGCAAUCCAGAAAUCCGGUUAGCCCUCAAUGAGGAGUUGAGCAUAGGAAGAGGCGGGAGAUCAAUCUAUGAUUAUAGUGGUUCCUCUGGAUCUGGAGCAGUGAUUUUAGAUGAUUGCAAUUUCCAUGAAUCUGUACAUCUUGAUAGCUUUGAUAUGGACAGAACUCUGACUUUGGUGCCACCAGAUGGUGAAUUUCCUGUCAUGAAUUACCGUAUUACUCAGGAAUUCCGGCCUCCUUUUCAUAUCAAUGCAUUGAUUGAAGAAGCUGGACCACUUAAGGGUGAAGUGAUUAUUAAAGUGCGUGCUGAAUUUGCCUCAAGCAUCACAGCAAACACUAUUGUAGUGCAGAUGCCAGUACCAAUGUAUACCUCCAGAGUUAGUUUUGAGUUGGAACCUGGUGCAGUUGGACAAAUGACUGAUUUUAAGGAGUCAAAUAAGAGACUUGAAUGGAGUAUAAAAAAGAUUGUUGGUGGAUCUGAACAUACACUGCGUGCAAAGCUGACAUUUUCACAGGAAUCACAUGGAAACAUCACAAAGGAAGCUGGACCUGUGAGCAUGACCUUUACAAUACCAAUGUAUAACACCUCAAGGCUUCAGGUGAAGUACUUGCAGAUCGCAAAGAAAUCUAAUACAUACAAUCCAUAUCGGUGGGUGAGAUAUGUUACACAAGCGAAUUCUUAUGUUGCUCGUAUAUGAUAGAAGGGAUUCAUUGUCGUCGUUCCAUUUUGUUUGUCACCUUUUCUUUCCCUCAACUCAAAUUUGUGGUGGUUGUGCUAAAUUUCAUAGAUGUACCCUAGACCUAGAGAAACUGCAUAUAUCUUCAUGGUCGUUUAUGUUCAAGUUUUCUUUGCAAAAGAAUAAAUGGUUAAGAUUCUCGUAAUGAAUUUAAUCCAUACGUUUUGCUGUUUGUAUUUAUAUAUCAAACACUUUUUCAGAA